AUGCAGCACAGUCCCGUGCGCAGUGCUGCUUGCAAGGCGCUCCGCGGCUUCUACGAUGCCAUCGGCGCGAAAGACAAAUCGCCGUCCUUCAAGGACACGAGCUCGACCUGCUGCGCCUUUCUCGACGUGAGAUGCACGCAGCCGGAUGGCUCACCCAGCCCGCCCCUCGGCCAAAAAGAAGGGUGGAAAGCGGGCGCCACCCUGACCAAGAUCAAAUUCCGGGGCGGCACCGAGUUUGGCAGUAGCGGCACGCUGCCCGGCGCCCUGCUGCUACCGCUCGCCGGCACACUCGAGUCCCUCGACUUGGGCAAGGAGGGGGACCGCUCCUUCUCGGGCACGCUGCCCGCGGAACUGACCCAGCUCACCGCGCUCCAAAAGCUGAGUCUCACCACCGGCAAGUUCAGCGGCACCAUUCCGCACCAGCUCGGCCGGCUUCCCGCGCUGGAGAAGGUGACGCUCCUCUCCAAGCGCCUCUCGGGGACGGUCCCGGGCGAGCUGUGCCACAGGUCGGACGGCUCGCUCAGGAAACUGGUUCUCGACGACAACGUGAAGCUCUCGGGAACGCUGCCGCCCGAGUGCUUCCUCUUGUCCACACUCGAGGAAAUCUCCGCCAAGAAGACGCGCAUCUCUGGCACGCUGCCGAGCAAGAUCACCGCGCCGCUCAGGCUGCUCAUCCUCGAGGAGGUCGGCCUUUCGGGCAGCGUGCCGGAGGAGCUGUGCAAGGGCGAGAAGCUCGAGGAGCUGGUCCUCCGCCGUGCCAACCGGGUCUCCGGCACGCUGCCUACGGAGUGCCUCUCGCACGACACCAUCACAAAGAUCGACCUCAAGCGGACCAAGGUCGGCGGCACCAUCCCGAGCCUCGACAAGGCGGUGCCCAAGCUCAAGACACUCGACCUGUCCAACUCGGACGUCUCGGGCGCAGAGACGCCCCUCGCGGGCCCGCCACUUCCGCGCCGCACGCCCGGCUGA